AUGGCCGCAUCUGCCCUGUCCGUCUGCUCCAGCAACCUGAGCUAUGACAGCCGCGUCUGCCUGCCCGGUUCCAGUGACUCUUGCACCAACUCCUCCUGGCAGGUGGACGACUGUCCAGAGAGCUGCUGUGAGCCCUCCUGCUGCGCCCCCAGCUGCUGUGUCCCCAGCUGCUGCCAGCCCUCCUGCUGUGUCCCCAGCUGCUGCCAGCCCACCUGCUGUGUCCCCAGCUGCUGCCAGUCCACCUGCUGUGUCCCCAGCUGCUGCCAGCCCACCUGCUGUGUCCCCAGCUGCUGCCAGCCCUCUUGUUGCACCUCCUGCCCCUGCCAGCAGGCCUGCUGUGUGCCUGUCUGCUGCAAGCCCACUUGCUGCACACCUGUCUGUUGCACACCUGUCUGCUGCAAGCCCGUGUGCUGCACAUCUGUCUGCUGCACACCUGUCUGCUGCAAGCCAGUGUGCUGUGUGCCCAUCUGCUCUGAGACCGGCCCCUGCGCAAGCUCCUCCUGCUGCCAGCCCACCUCCUGCUGCAGACCCUCCUCCUGUGUGUCCCUCAUCUGCCGCCCUGUGUGCAGGCCUGCCUGCUGUGUGCCUACCUCCUCCUGCUGUGGCCCUGCCUCCUCCUGCUGUGGCCCCACCUCCUCCUGCCAGCCCAGCUGCUGCCGCCCAUCCUCCUGCAUGUCCCUGCUCUGCCGCCCCCUGUGCUCCCGCCCGGCCUGCUGCGUCCCCACCUCGGCCCAGAAGUCCUGCUGCUGA